CGUUCAUGUGGUGCGCUUGUAGUACGUUCAUCCGAAUCAUAAAACGAAUGCCGUAUUGUCGGCGUUUUUUUUUUUAAUAAUAAUAGUUGUUUUAAAACAAACGACUCAUUAUCCAAAGUCGAUCAUUGUGUAAUAAUUUUGUGUUUAAAUAGUGGUUGUUUUAGGUGUAUAUAAUAGUGUUAGUGUGUUUACAAAGAACACCGGCCAUAAUGGAUACGUGAACACCUGACGGAGAGGAUUAUCACUGAAAAUGCUUUCUUCUUCGAGAUACAGGUUGGAUCUAUGGCGCUUUACUGCUUGGACUACUCAACUUCUAAUACUGCUUCUCUUGGACAAAGGUUACCGACAUGGAGUUUAUGCUAAACCAGGACUAUGUGAAGUGGAAACCGGCCAGGGAAACAUUGUUUUGGACAUCGAGGAAAGCAGAGGUUCCCAAAUAAAUCAAAUGAUUCGACCAUCUCAACUUCCAAUCAUGGGUGACCCUUUCAAUGAAAUCACAAUGGACCUUGUAUUUCCAUCGAGAAAUCCUUUAUUUACAUUAAUUGGCAAAAGACUACAGCUUAUACAAUCUUUGGAUAGAGAUGCGGAAAACUUAUCACAUAUUGUAUUUCAGGUAACGUGUGUAAUAAGAUCAAGUGGCAAAAAGAGAACUAUCCCUGUUAUUGUUCGAACAACAGACAUCAACGACAAUGCGCCUAUGUUUUUAGGUGCGCCCUAUCAAGUUACAGUACCUGAACUCACUUCUGUCGGCUCAUCUGUUGCCUCAGUAAAAACAAAAGAUGCAGAUACGGGAGUGAACGCUCUGGUCGAAUACUUGGUAGUUCCCGGCAAUGUACCUGAAGAAGAACUCCAAAAGGGGCGAGUAGGUGACGGAGCGAAAUAUUUUAAAAUGAAAUCAUCUAAUUCAGGCGAAGUAAUUUUACAAAAAGGAUUGGAUUUUGAAAAAAUUCAAAAAUAUUUUGUUACUAUACAAGCCAUGGAUCGAGCAAAACACUCUGAAGAUCGGCUAACAUCUACUACCACAUUAACGGUUUCAGUGAAAGAUGAAGAUGAUCAAGAUCCGUCAUUUAUUUAUCAAGGUUGUACACUUCAAGAUGGAGCUUGUGUUAACCCAGAAUAUCACACAACUAUUUCAAGUGGCGUUAAUUCUGGAGUAUUAACUAUACGACCAGAGAAGAUUCAAGCUGUAGAUGGUGAUUCUUUAAAUUAUCCCGUUAAAUUUUCGUUUGUUAAUGGUAUACCUUCAUUUUAUUCGGAAUAUUUUACAAUUGACUCUCAAUUUGGUACGGUUAAACAAAUAAAACCAGUGGAAUCAGCAUUGGCAAAGCAAUUCGUGAUUACUGUUAAAGCUGAAGAGGAAUCUCCUAAUCGUCGUGCAACAACAGCAAAACUAUAUAUAGAUGUAAAGCCUAUAGAUAUCAAUCCCCCAAUCAUUCAUAGUUCUGCAUCUGGAGAUGGAUAUGGAUUUGUAGAAGAAAAUUCACCAAUAGGUACAAAAGUUGUGGAUAAAAAUGGUAACCCAAUUCAAUUUACAGUUACAGAUGAUGAUUUGAAUUCAAAUGACCCAAAGAUCACUUAUUCUUUUGAACUGACAACUAAUUCAUUCAACAUAAAUAAUGAUGGUUAUCUUUUUGUCAAUGAAGAUAAAUUGGAUAGAGAUCCGCCAAACCCGGGAAAAUAUCGUUUUCAAAUUGUUGCGAGAGAAAUUAAUGGACACGCUGGUAGUAUUCCUUACUCUAUAACAGUGUUUUUAAAAGAUGUAAAUGAUAAUUUCCCUCGGAUACCAAUGAUAUCUCCAAUCACUAUUCAAGCUGGAAAUUUAAAAAGACAGCUUGUUCAAAUCAAAGCUAUGGAUAUCGAUGAAGGUCAAAAUUCAAAUAUAACAUACAGUCUUUACCACGUGUCUAACCAAGGAUUUAAUAAAUUUUACAUUGAUCCGGUGACAGGAUGGAUUGAAUCAACCGGCAGAAUGAUGGCUGGUGAUCAAUACAGUAUUACUGUUCAAGCGACAGAUUCCGGUGGUUUAUAUGGCCAGGGAAUUGUUGAAGUUAUUGUAAUAGCUGGACCUAAUACUAAACCACCUGCAUUUUCACAAUCUUCUUACGAAGUUACAAUAAGUGAAGGAUCACCUAUUAACACAACAGUAAUUGAGCUUAAAGCAAUAGAUCCUGAAAAUGACCCCGUCUUUUAUUCGAUUUUAUCUGGUAACGAUUUAAGACAGUUCGCAAUAGGUGAGAAAACUGGAAUUAUUAGUGUAAUAAGAAAAUUAGAUCGGGAAGAACUCACUCGUUAUCAACUGUUAAUCAAAGCCCAAGACGAAGGUGGUCUAUCUAGUACAACUACAUUAAACAUAAAAGUCAGCGAUAUUAAUGAUAAAAAUCCUGAAUUUAUUGGAUUACCGUAUGAAUUUUCUGUGGAAGAAGGCGUAGAUGGAGCUCCAGUAGGUAAGGUAGAAGCUGUAGAUGGAGACGAAGGAAUUAAUUCAGUUAUUCAUUAUUCAAUACCUGAUGACCUACCAUUUCUAAUUGAUGCAAAUUCUGGACACAUACGAACUGCCAUGGCUUUAAAUUACGAAAUGACUAACGAAUACAAAUUCGUAGUUACUGCCCAGGAUGGUGCACCUGAUCCACGGAUCGGUACAGCUUCAGUGACUGUUUUAGUUAAAGAUACUGAAGAUGAAAUACCAACUUUCCGUAAAACUGUGUAUGAAAGCAAAGUUCCAGAAAAUACUCCUGAUUUUAUAGUGACUCAAGUACAAGCAGACGAUCCCGAUACAACUAAAAAAGUGACAUAUAUAAUAAAACAAGGCCCUUCAGAUUUAUUUACUAUUGAUCCAAUAACUGGUAUCAUCAAAACGUUACGAGGCUUAGAUUACGAAAAGGAUAGCCAACAUACCUUAAUAGUUGGUACAUUGGAAAAUCUCAAUCAAUCACCAGGUGCAACUACCAAAGUCAUCGUUAAUGUAGAAGAUCGUAACGAUAUUUCCCCCGUGUUCUUAACAAUUCCUUCUCCAAUUACUUUAGACGAUGAUGUACCAAUUGGUACCAAAGUUACCACGCUUAUAGCGACUGAUGCAGAUGGAACAUCACCCGGAAAUAAAGUACGAUACGAGUUAAAUGGUCAAGGAAAAGCUUUAAAAUAUUUUCACAUCGAUCCUGAUCUUGGAGUAGUGUAUGUCCACGGUGAUCUUCAGAAGGAACCUGAUAAUGAAUAUCAGAUCGAUGUUAAAGCUUAUGAUUUGGGUGAACCUCAAUUGUCUUCAAUAACUUCGGUAACGGUUUUUAUCAGACGCGUUACGACACCUACUCCAGAAUUGGGAAUGGGGUUCUCUGACGAUUCUUACAGUGCUCGUGUAUUAGAGUCUGCAGCAGCUGGUACUCUAGUCAAAAUCUUAACAGUAGUUCAUCCUAGACCUUCUCACCCUCUGCCUCUUAUUUGUACUAUCAUAUCAGGAAAUUCUGAAGGCGUAUUUUCCAUAAAUGUUACAACUGAAAAAAAUUGUGAAGUGCGUUUAAAAGACUCAAAACUAGACCACGAACACGCAGACAAUUACCAAUUGAAAAUUCGACUAGAUACUCUUGAUGGAGUUGUUAAUCCUGCGAAAAGCAUUACAAUAUUGAACGUUCAAGUUAUAGAUAUAAACGAUAACAGUCCCAUAUUCAUAUACCCUGACAGUAGCAAACAUUUUGCUAAAAAUGCCUACUAUGGCGCGAUAUCUGCUGAUAAAGAAGUAGGUAGUACAGUAUUAAGAGUAAAAGCCGAAGAUCUAGAUGGAGGAACAUUGGGUGAUAUUCGUUAUGAACUUGUUGAAGACGAAGACCAAAACACAACAGACGGGCCCUAUUUUUCAGUAGACCCUGAAACAGGAAUUAUUAAAACUUUACGAACACUUAUCGACGUACCUACUCAGUCAUUGCCUUUCAGACUCGUAGUGACUGCUAGAGAUAAUCCUGAAGCUACUAAUCCUAGUGACUUUAAUACUGCCCAAGCGCACGUAGUUAUAAAUGUCAUAAAAGACGAACACCGAAUAGUAAUGGCAAUCGAUGGCGCUCGCCCAGACGUUGUAAAAGCUUCUGAAUCAAAAUUGAUUGAUGUAUUAGAGAAUAGUUUAAAAUUGAUUGUAGGCGGUGAGAAAGUUCUGGCUAAACAAUAUCGGCGUCGAGAAAAUCUUACUGUUGAGACUGAUCCGAGUUCUUCGGACUUUUGGUUUUAUAUAAUAGACCCGACGACUGAAACUAUCCUUGAAAGGAACAAUACUCGAGUAGCUAGGGGAAUUUUAAAUAAAAGCUCUAUGGGAAACAUCACUUCUACAAUUGUUGAAAAACUACACAUUGUUGCAACAGAUAUCCAUCCACCUUUGCAACAGCAGCAAGUGAGCAGCCGACCACAAAUUGCGGGAAUAGCUAUACAAUGGAUUGUAUUUCCGUACACACUAAUUUUAAUAGCUGCCCUCAUCCUCAUUCUCGGCAUUGCUGGUAUCAUAUAUAUUUGCAUAUCUUGGUCAAGGUAUAAAUCGUACAAAGAAAGAAUGGCAAGAAUGUACGCCACUCAAAAUUAUGAUCCUAUUUUUGUUGAACCAAAUAUGAAAGAAUACGAGGUACAGGUGUUACAAAUGAGCGUACCUAUCGAUGACAACGACAGUUAUAAUGAUUUACAACUAGACUUUAGCCGAAAAAAUCAUACGUUUACUAUGGAAAACGUUGGUUACAUUACAAAAGAGAAUGUAGAUAGUAUCGAUGGCCACAGUCCAGUGAGCUCGGAAGCGGCUACCACUGCUAGAACAUCCAGUAUGGGACGUAAUAGAGCUAAUGGUAGCGGAACCAGCACAUUUGGCCGCAUUAAUCAAGCAUUUGAUUCAGAUGGCAUAGGAGAUACAACUGCAGUAAGCUCAACCAAUGGAAAUGUAACAUUCAGAGAAAAAAAAGAAUUUGGUAGGCCAUUACACAAUGGUAAUGGCAUGACUACUUUCAACCGAAAAAACGUUGAAGUCACCACGGAGUUAUAAUGUAACCCUUAAUUUUGUUAUCCUAUCGAAAAAAACUGAAAGGUUGCAUGCAUAUGUAUUCAGUAUUUUAAAUCGUAUCUAGUCUCUCUUCAUAUGAUUGUAUAGAAAUAUAUGUAUAUAUCUAUGCUUGAAAGUCUAAUGUUCAGCUUUUUCUUCCACUCAUUACGUUUUUUUCGACAAAUUGUACGACUGAGAUUUAAUAAUAAUCUUUCACUUUUGUCCCUCUAUAUAUUUAUAUGAUGUAAUCAAAUAUUUAUAAUUUAAAUUAAAACAAGAACAAAAAAUUUGAACAUAGAAAUAGUUUAUAAUAUAAAAUAACAAUUAAUAAACAAGAUUUCCGAAAUUUUGACUUUUAACUUUUAUAAAAUGUUAAAACUUUAUAAAUUUUUAAACGAUAUUUCUCAUUUUUAUCUAUAUACUAUGAUAUAAACAUAUGAUGAGAAACAUAUUUUUAAUUACUUAAAAUUGAAAAACUUAGUAUAAUUUGCAUUAUUUCUUGUAUAUUACUAAUUACCUAAUCAAAUUUGAUACAUAAUUAUACCAUUAAAUAACUUCUUCAAUAAUUUUUUAUUAUUCAGUUAAAAAAUUUCUGAGUCUAAAUAACAAAUAUCAAUACAUAAAAUAAGUACAUGUUUCACACCUAGAUCUAAUCUGUUGCAACAAAAAAUUAUUUUUUUAUGUUAAACAAUAUUUGGUAAAUGUUAUUUUUAAAUUGUGGAAUAAUGCAAACCUAUUAUAUUUUAGUUACAAGUUUUAAUCUGAAAGAUAUGAUGAGUUUAUUUAUACAAAUUAACUGAUAAUACUUACAAAAAUAAUUUAAAAUAAAGUAUGUUCAAAUUAAAAUACGUAAACUAUUUUAAAUCUUUAAAUAAAACGGAUAUCUCUUUGCAAAUUAAUCGUAUUAUAGAAAUAGUAUACUGCCAUUUGAUAAUUAAUUACCUUAAAAAUUUAGAUUUUAAGUAUCUAAACCAUGUCAUACAUUUUAUAGAACCAAAAAGGUUUUUUAAAUUUAUCAAAAAUUGAAACAAUGUAAAUAAUACAAAUAAUUAUACUUAAAUGUUCCUAUAAUGUAUGAAUUAUUUUUCGCUCACACAAUUAAAAAUUUAUUUUAUAUUAAAAAUGAUUUUGUUCCUUUCAGAAUAUCAAAAAUCAAUUAUUGUUAUAAUUUUUGUUUUUUUAAUAGGAUAUUUUUUCAAUAAAUUCAAUUAAAAUUUAUUUAGAAUAUAUAUAAUUCAAUAUUUAAAUUAAUUUAAUUGUGUAUUUUUAUAAAAAAUUUGUUUGUAAUGAGUAUGAAUAAUUUAUGUAUAUAAAAAAUUUGCUCACAAUUAUAUCAAUGGUGACCAAUAUUGUAUAGUAGCCAAGUGGUUAACAACACUUGAUAGAAGUUUACAUGAAGCCAUAUUUAAUUAUUGUAUAAUAGAGCUUUCCUCAUGCUCAAUUUAUUUGUAAAAAUAAUACCAUAAACAAAUAGGUAAAAUUAAACCAUUGUAAAUUAUUAUAUGUAUUUUUAGUUGAAUAGUGAUUAAUUUAAAUUGUUUUUUAUGACUUUAAUUUUAUAAUUGAAAAUAAAUGUUAAUAUAAAUAUGUUUUAUAAU